UGCCCCUAUACUUUGCGGACGUGGAGCUCCGCAGUUCAGUCAUUUUUAAGUGUUAAUUUGUCAGCCAGGGUUUCAGACAAUAAACAAGAAAAACGUGAAAAAAAUCAAUACGUGGAAUUCAUUUAUUUUGAACCUAUUUAUAUGAAUCAAACUAAAAAGUUGUUGGUCUUGUUUUCAUUUUUAUUUUAUUACCCGAAAUAUAAUAAUAAUGCAAAGUCAGUAAGUGAAGAAAUAUCAACAUCCAAUAUGGAUAUGAAGAUAGAGUUCAAUGACACUGACGACAAUUCCCCAAUAGUUCCUCCCAACAGUAUAGGCGCAUGGAGUAUUAAGAAUGACACUUCAGUGCUGAUCUCCGACCCACAGCCAAGUGGAUCUCAUAGGAAAAUUAUUAGGCGAUGGAAUCGUUUGUCAAGAUUGCAACGAUCCAUAGUAUAUGCACUAUUCGUAAUAGCAGGAACAGUCUUAGUGAUGUUUUAUGUCUCGAAGGUUUCUGCAGCUAAUGUAAAUAAGAUUAAUCAUAGUGAUUUAGCCCAAGAAACAUUAAAAAAUUUGUCUCUAGUCAAUGAACAAGUAGCCGAGGCCACUGUGUCAAAGAAGACUGUUGUAAAUGAUGAGAAAGCUGAAAGGCCCAUGUUUACAGGACCUAUAAAUGCUCGUCAGUAUGCUGUUGUGGAGAGCUUCAAACAUGCUUGGCGUGGGUACAAGGAACAUGCAUGGGGCCACGAUAAUUUGAAACCCGUCUCUGGGAUGGCCUUUGAUUGGUUCUCUCUUGGACUUACCAUUGUGGAUUCUCUGGAUACUGCUUACAUUAUGGGACUGACUGAUGAAUUUGAAGAAGGCAAACAAUGGAUACAGAACGAACUGGUUUUCACAAAGAAUAAAGAUGUUAAUUUCUUCGAAGUAACCAUUCGUGUUCUGGGAGGUUUGCUGUCCUGUUACCAUUUUACACAAGAUCGUAUGUUCCUGACUAAGGCUAUUGAUCUGGGAGAUCGCCUGAUGGCUGCUUUCUCCUCACCAUCCGGUAUACCGUACUCCGACGUGAACCUUGGCGAAAGAACAGCUCACGCACCAGAAUGGUCUCACUACAGCACUACUGCUGAAGUGACUACAGUGCAGUUGGAGUUUAGGGAGCUGUCUCGUGCCAGCAAUAACCCUGGAUUUGAGGAUGCUGCCGCAGCAGUGUCAGAGAAAAUCCAUCAUUUGCCGAAGAAACAUGGCUUAGUGCCGAUAUUUAUUAACCCGAACACUGGCCAUUUUUUGCCGCACGCCACCAUAACGCUUGGAGCUAGAGGAGACAGUUAUUACGAAUACUUACUUAAACAAUGGCUGCAGACAGGAAAGACUAUUAACUAUUUACUGGACGAUUAUCUGACUGCUAUCGAAGGCGUACGUAACUUCUUGGCAAAGCGAUCGUCCCCAAACAAGCAUCUGUUCAUUGGAGAACUAUCGGCUGGGUCGGAGGCUUUCAAUCCAAAGAUGGACCACUUGACUUGCUUCCUGCCGGGUACAUUGGCCCUUGGCCACGCCAAUGGCCUCCCUGACUGGCACAUGACCAUGGCUGAAGAACUCCUCUACACUUGCUACUUGACAUAUGCCGCUCAUCCAACAUUCUUGGCUCCGGAGAUAACUCACUUUUAUAUGGAAAAUGUGCCAACGUCCAAAAAUGUUCCGCAGGCGAGUGUCGCCGAAGAUAUGUACACUAAGACAGCUGACUCUCACACUCUCCUGCGUCCCGAAUUCGUUGAGAGCCUGUGGUACAUGUACCAGAUUACUGGAAACACAACAUAUCAGGAUUGGGGCUGGCAAAUAUAUCAGGGUUUCGAGAAGUACGCCCGAGUGCCAAACGGAUACACAUCGCUGGCUAACGUAAAGGUCGAGAAACCAGUGCAACGUGACAUGAUGGAAUCCUUCUUCUUGUCGGAGACUCUGAAAUACCUGUACUUGCUGUUCAGCGACGAUAGGUUCACAAUUGACCUGAACAAGUAUGUCAUUAACUCUGAAGCCCAUCCACUGCCUAUACAUAAAAACUAGGAGCCGGUUUAUUGGUACAUUUAAAUCGCAACAUGGUCAUGACGUCAUGAUACUACAUGCAUGCGUGAAGACUCCUUUACAAAACAGCAAAGGGUCGAAUUAGAAAUGCGCGUUUUCGCGAACCCUUCUUCAAGGUGAGAAUUCCUGUAGCCAUUGUGCACUCAAUGGAAUGUCCCCUUAGAAAAUAGCAAUAGUAGUGCAAUUUCUUAAAUAUCUAAUUGUGUCAUUAUAGGUGUCUGUUUACUCCCAAAGCUCAGUAUGAAACUGUAGGUAUUAUAAUUAUUAUGUUACGCCAUAUUUAUACAAUACUUAAUAAUAUAAUACAUUUUACCAGUAGUUAAUGUUGUGCUAAACAGUAUAUAAGAAACAAGUACUCAUUUAUUACUAUAAUGAAACCGUUUUCUGUAUUAAUGGUAAAGCACGUAAUAUUAAAUUUUAUUAUUGUCUUGAAAGAUACAAAUACAUUUUUCUUCAUAAGUAAUUAUUGCCCACACUACCAUUACUUCAGAGUUAUUUCAUAGCAUUUAUUUCCUCGUACCAGUAAGUACAUGUCCUAUGCAUACGGUGUGUUUAAUAAUAAAUAGAUUCAUAGUUUUCUCUCAUACACAUUAAAUAGUAACAAUAGUAGAUUGAAUCACAUUAUUCCUAAUAAUCAUUAUGUUAUUAAGUACUUAACUUGUAACGAAUUUAUAAUUAAUGUUUUGCAAGGAAGUUCUUGUAUUACUCAUCUAACUCUUUGCAGCCGACUUAUUACAUUCUCUGAUUAAUUUAUAAUUAAUUUACUUUUUGGUAGACUAUAUUUUGACGGGACCAAAUUUUGUAGACUAUGAUAUUAACACAGAUUAUUUAUUAAGUUAAUAUCAAUCAAAGAAUAUUUAUUUGGCUGUAUCAUUGAAUUUUAUAAUAUGCAGGCUGGUUGGUAUAACAUCAGCAACAAUGGAUUGGUCACAUAGCCUUAGGGCGAAAAGAAACUUGAUUUUAUAUUAAAUUCAAAGUGUAAAGAGCAUUUGUUGUUGCGUCUAUUGCAUAUAACUUGUGUACCGGCCUGUGUAAACUAAUUUUAGUCAUGAUUAAAUUAUUUUUACCGUAGUCAAUAUUGUUAUAGUUUAAUUAUGUUUUUGUUCUAUUGUCUAUAACUAAACUCGCUUUUAUUUCUAGUAAAAUAAAACGAAUCUCAAGCUUUACGGCUUUUACGGUCCCAAGUGUUGUAAUUCUAUUAUUUAUACUAUAGUUUGGUUAGGGGUCGUAGUUACUGAAACUUCAAGAUGUAAAUUGUUUAAUUUAGGAUAUAUUUCACUCAAGUCAUUAUCAUAUUUUAAAUUAAUUUGUUGUGUACAAUAUUUAUAAUUUUAUAUCUAUGCUUUAGUUGUGUGUAUAUAGGGAAUGCGAGGAAAGUUAGAGGAGAACGAACGUGCGUUAGGUGUAUAAAUUUAAUCUAAGUAGGUAUUAUCUUAGGCAAGAGUGCUGAGACUUAGGUAGUUAGUAUCGAAGAUCACCUACAGUGACUUCCCAAACAUUAAAAACACUUUGGCGAACUCGGCGCUCGAUAUAGUUGUCCCAAGAACUAACGUAAAGCCUUUAGGAUGUGUAGCAUCUAUUCUUCUUUUUUAGCUUUUGUCAUUCAUUAACUACCGCAUAAGUAAAUUCCUUCUCUGUGAACUAAACCCUUGAUGUGUGAAUUUUCUAACUUCAGCUUCAUGUCUUCGGUCAUGUUAUUUCAAGGAAACCUGAUUUUUCUACUCUCUCAAGUCAAAUCUUCCUGAAAAUUUAAACUAAAGUGGUUUAGUACAACAAACUUUUACUGAAGAUCAAGUCGAUUGUCGUCAGGACAUUAUAAAAUAAUUAAUGGAUACAAUUAUUAAAGUUCUAGCGAUUUUGAUGAUGUAUUGUAAUGCUGAUGGAUAUUCACAGCAUUAACUCCGUAACAUGUGCCUCGAAGUACCAUAAUGUAUGCAUUGCUAACCAUGUUUACUAACAAUUUACAUAUACAAUGUUUAUAGUUAAAUAAUAUUCGUAUAGACUCGGAUUGUUAAACGAAAUAUUCCUAAUCGAACGCACAUUAUGUGAUAGAUCAUUUUUCACGUUAUUUGCCAAAUUAUACAUUAGGUAAAUGCAUAGCUAGUAUACCUACGUUGUUAUUAUACUUAUACAGCAAGGCAGGAAUGUUAUUUGGCAGGCGACAGAACACGCGCAAUGUAUGGAGGGUCAAGGUUCGAAAUUUAGUUAACAAAAUUGUAGUUUUACAAAGUUAGCAUAUUAUAGUGGAGCUAGUUAGAUAAAUGACCUCACUACGCAAUAAGUCAUGCAUUAUUACGCCCAGUUAUAAAGGGUAAGUUAAGGCCUAAGAACUACGCAACCAUCUCGAUUAAUUAAAUGCACUAACGCACAAUUAACGUAAUUAAAAAUAAAGCCACUAUAGUUUUAAGUACUUAAAUAAACGUUGUAUACUUUACCGGGGUUGAGUAUAAAUUAAUAUAAGGUAUGUUGUUCUUUCUUGUUACGAUUUAUAAUAUAUUACAAUAUUAUCUGUUUACGUCCUAGGUUUCACUUUGUUUUAAAUUUAAGUAGUAAUCAAUUAAAUGAUAACAUUUCGCUGUUAAAUGUUUCAUGUUGUUUUAGUGAUAUGCCACGUAAUUCAUUUAAAUUGUAAAUGGUUUAGGUAACGACAAUGCAAGUUAUGUAUUUUAAAUACAUAUUUUGCAAAAUAUGUUUUAUACUUGUCUGAGAAUUUGAUUAGUAUGAAUCUAUGAUGGGUCCUAGUUGGCAGUUAAAUAUCUCACAAACUGAAAGACUGUUUCAUAAAAAGUACAGUACGUUUGAACUGUGUUGUGCUCGACAUGAAAGCAUGGGAUAUUUUAUCAUAAAUGAAGAUCAGAUCAAGAUCAUAUCAUCCUUUAGCACAUUUAACUUUGUAACUGAUGAUCAUUACAAGUGCGUCUAGAUUACAGAUUCUAGGAUUACUUGUAAUAAAUGCCAAUGCAUAAAGUUUCAUACCCCACACCUACAUUGGCUGUUUAUAGACUAGAUCAGUUCUAUUUUCAUAUGCAAUGUGAAACUAAUAUGAUCAUAUCUAUCCAAAUUUUGGUCAAGAUUGCGGUAUGAUAGCGUAUUCGAUACUUAAUGUGUGUCAUUUCAACUGUGCCCAACAGUAAAAAUAUUGCAGCAUUUUUUAAUUGUUUUGUAAGUCAAAUUCAUUUUAGAAAUUGUUCAGUUACCAAUGUAAAUUAGUAAUUAGUUACCAAACGUUCUGGAUCAUCCCUAAAUUAUAUGAUGAACUAAACUUGUUUCCGAAUGUGAUGAAUGUUUGUAAGUAGAAGAGAAUAAUGAUUGUGUAUGCGUGCUGCAUAAGAUCAUUAUUUGAUUAAUUAAAUAAUUUAUUUACCCAUAUUUGUGGAUAUCACAUUUUAUGUUAUAGCGUUCUUUUAUUUACCAAAAGGAACACAUUACUGUAAAUCACGUAUUAUUAAAAUUAAGCAACUAUAGAUGUAUUUGAGGCUGGGUAUCCAUAUACAUUAUAAUGAAUUUUGCAUUUAUAUCUACAUACAUAUUUCAAUGUCAGUUUACUGGAAUCUUUAAAGUUGUGCUACUACAUAUUGGUUGUAAUAAAUGUACAAUUUAUUAA